UUAUAGAAUCAAAUUGAAUUGAUUGGUUAAAAAGAAAAAAAAACGACAUCAGUGCUAUAAAAUAACGCGAAACGAGCGGCAAAGCCCUAUACUGUAAGAAUAUGCAGCAAUGAAGGAACGGGCAAGGAAAAAACUGACAGAAUGUUUGAGAAGUUUUGUCUGGAUCUUGAUGUUUACAAAUGUUUGUGAAGGUGUUGGCAAUGUGACAAGCAUAACACCAAACUAUGGCAGUCUGAAUGGGGAGACUACAUUGACGAUCUAUGGCGAUUUCUCGGCGGACCAGUUCAGUCAGAAUGAUGACCCGAAUGUCGGAAACAAAGUUUAUUUUGUGAGCGAAUCCGACCGAGAAUACCAGUGUCCUGUGUUUCCCGACGGAUGUACUGAAACACAACUUGUGUGCUACACACCACGAGGUAUGAAAGUGGAGAAGCAUUAUGUAAAAGUAGUAGUUGAUGGUAAAACAGUCGAGGAUAAAACACUUUGUGGUGGUAAUCCUACAUCUGCUAAGUGCACAUAUAAGCCACAUCCUGACUUUACGCCUACGAUAGAAAAACUUACUCCACAAUCUGGAAAGCUAAAUGGAACAAUGGUGACAAUAACGGGUGUCUUGUACACUGACAUAUAUGGUAGCAAUCUACAAGCGGCCACAAAUAACAAAACGGAAAGACUAACCAGGGUGUAUGUUGGCCCACAACUAUGUGAGGUUAAGAACGCGGAUGCAUUUUAUGGUUUCAAACUUGACAGCAGUGACUCGAAUCACGGAACUCUCAAGUGUAAAACUCAGGGAACGUCUGUUGGAUGCUUCAAUGCAAGUUUCAUUAUUCAAGCACCGUAUGGAAGAUCCUUGUCAGAAGUUCAACGAGUCUCGGAAAAUAACAAGAUAUGCAUGUUUACGAGUUACACAGACAUAACAAACAUCAGUCACUCAUCUGGAAGUAAAGAAGGUGGCCUCGUACUCACCAUUUGUGGCCACAACUACGACAACACGACACGAUACGCAGCUCCUAGAGCUUAUGUUGGAGACACUGAAUGCGUUAUACAAGAAGUUGUAGUAAAUGGAUGUAUAACCUGCAAGGUAGCUCCGGAUCCUGGGAGUACUGGUUCCAGUUUCCCUGGCAACCGUGGUGUCGUAUUUAAAUACUGGAAAAACACAAACAAAGAUAUGAGCAGCAUAGAUAGUAUCCGAGCACUAACCAGUUCUUCACCAGGAUAUAACAGUGCUGUAUUAGAUGAAACCUAUUUCUUCGACGUCAACGAUACGAUGGACAAUUACGUUAGCUGGACGUUAGCGUACUUCACACCGCCUCGUGACGGGCAGUACCAGUUCUUUUUAUUUGCUGAUGACGGUGGUAAAUUGCUCAUUGAUAAUGUGGUAGCUACAACUUCGGAGAGGACAUGGGGAAUGUCAAGUUUAAGAAACUUGAAUAGUAAUCAAAGCUACCUGCUCGAAGUUCUCCACUUUGAAUCAACCCUGACGUCGGUCAUUCACUUGAAAGUGAAAUAUUUCAACACAACGUUUACUAGCGCUUGGACAAAUCAGGCUGAACAAGAGAAACAAAUAAUCAGUAUAACCUCACAAGUGAAGUUUGAGGAGCAGGAAAUAGAGUUUGAGGCGUUUUCAAGCCAGGCAGAAGUCGGUGAGAAUCAAACUAUAGAAGUGAACACAACCGGACAGUUUCGAUUUGGAAUGUACGGAGCGUAUACAGGGCCUCUAACUACAAACAUGAAUGCAGAUGCUAUUAAGGCUGCGAUUAAUGCCAUGCCUAUAUUUGGAAGUGGGGAGUCUGUCAAUGUCAUUAGAAUGCAAGUUGCAACCCCAACAUACCAGAUAGUAUUUGACUCAAAACGAGGCGACUACCCAGACUUUCAGGUAGUUAAAGUCGAAAAUAAUCCACCAGUGACAUACAGAGUUACACAAAACACAGCUGGAAUACCAGACCUUGAUAUGGCGGCUCUAUUAUUUGCCGGAGUUUUCUCUGACCCAUUUUCUGUUUCGAAUCUUGAUGCUUCCAAACUUGAAAGAGCCACAAGCAGUUUGUUUGAGGCAAAGUGCCCACAAGCUUUUCUACCAAGUACAGCUAAGUACAUCCAAAGCUUUGAAGCAGAUUCUGUACAGUAUAUUGGGAAUAGGGUUACAGAUACAGAAGCAUUUUGCGGACGAUAUUCUUUAAAGGACCCCCGUCGUAUCUUUAAGAAAGGCGAUGACGAGGAUGGAAUAUCACUGGCACAAUAUGGAAUAUUAUGCUUUGCAUACAAAGGAUUUCUACAGAAUCAUAUCCGACUGACCUUCUCAUAUAAGGCAUCGAUUGGUUCUCCAACAGUUUCAGAGACUCGUUACUUUCCCUACAGCUUCAAAACUGACUCCAGCACUGAAUCAGUGACAUGGUACUAUACAUGUAUAGAUGUAUACGACAAGUUGAAAGCCAUAUAUCCAAGCGUUAUUCAACAAAGAUUAGAAGAAGUUAGAGUAUUCAGUCUAAGUGCAGACCAAUCAGGCUAUGUUGAUGCUGUCGUCAUUAGUCAGAAACCUACCACAGAGGACCCAGAUCCUAGUAAGCAGAGGCGCCGUCCAGCUUUACCCAAUGGAGCAGUGAUCAGAGAAGCAAAAGUCAACCUGAUUUCAGGCAAAAAAUACAAAAUCAUUCUAAAACCCUUUGACUGUGGAACAGGAUUUCCAUUGUUUGGGAUAGGAAAUGGAAUGGUACAAAGUGGGGCAUUGUCACAACCAUCCUCCCCUGUCACUUUAACAUUACACAAUGGAAAUGGUAAAUUCAUUGCAAAAUCAGUGUCAACAGCCUCACCACCAACAACUGGUGAACUGGAUUUACAGUUCAAGGGAGAAACAAAAACUAAACUUAACAUCUCUCUGGAGGCUUCAGACUUCGCUAAAGAACUACAGUCACUGUAUGGAAUUGGAUCAGUGUUGGUUACAAAAGAAGGUGACUGCGCAAACUUUAACCUAUCUAUAACAAUUCUUGAUCAUCCUGGAAACCAAGAAGAAAUAAAGAUUACUAAAAGCAGUUUAAGUGGUAGUCAGCCAGCAGCCAGUAUUCUAACAGCUGUAGAUGGUGGUCUGUUUUAUGACCCGAUACCAGGUGGUAUAGUAAAGACUGUAGAGAGUACUACGCAGGUGCGCCUGUACAUCAAUGACAUCCUCACAAGUUGUGAAACUAACUGUUCCUUCCAAUGGCUUACUUCAAAGACACCAAAUGUCACCGCUGUGACACCAGCAACAGGAACCUCUGCUCUCAGCACAUCUAUUGUCAUUACUGGGACUGGCUUUAACAAUACAGACAUAACUAAGAAUACAGUUACAAUUGGAAAUGUAAUCUGCGCAGUUACUGCUUCUACAGCCACUACUAUUACAUGUGAUGUUGGUAAUGGUCCGGUUGGAAGUCAUAAAAUUAUGGUAAAUGUUGAUGGUAAAGGUUUUGCCAGACACCCCAAUGGAGAUGUGAUGUUUGCGUAUACAGCCGAAAUCACUGGUAUUUCCCCUACAUCAGGUAGUCUUGGAGGAGGUGUUAACCUUACAAUUUCUGGCUAUGGUUUCAAGAGUGGAUCUACUGUAACAAUCAGUUCAGCAGACUGUACCGUGCUCAGUAUUGAGCCAAGUGAGAUUGUAUGCAUUGUUCCUCCAAAGACAUCUGAAGGAACACAUGAUGUUGUGGUAACCCAGGGAUCAGUUACGCUAACCUACCAAAGUUACCAGUAUUCAAUCUCCAAGACAGCAGUAAUUAGCAGCAUUACACCAUCAACAAUUGGAGUACUUGGAACUACAUUAACAAUCUCUGGAACGUCAUUUACUGGAACUAAAGGAAGUGUGCAUGUCGGGCCUGUGGCAGCAACUGUAGUCUCCUGGACAGAUACCAAAAUUAUAGUUAAUGCAACCAGCGUCCCAGCUGGUACAAACACUUUGUUUGUGAUGGCACAGCAUGGUUAUGCAACUAACAGCUCUUGGAAAAGACCUGACGUUUAUAGAAAUCUGAUCCUAACAAAUGUUUUCCCACGAAGUGGUUCCAUAUUGGGUGGGACCAAACUGACUAUUACUGGAUCAGGAUUUGGGACAAAUGGAACGAUAAUAGCUGUCAGUGUUGGAGACGUGGAAUGCAAAGUUGAUACAGUAAUUGAUUCACAGAUUGUGUGUGAGAUAAAAUUUGCAGCAAAAACACACAAUGUGACAAACAAAGGAACAGAUCCAGCCUUUGGAAAAUAUUAUGCCUUUGACAAACCAACCAUCAAAAUAAAUGCCGGAGACUAUGUACAUUGGUCAUGGGAAACCCCAGCCUUUGUAAAAUCUGUUGCUCAUGCUAUUAUUGAGGUUGAACAGGCAAGCUCUAAAACAGCUAAACCUGGAGGGUUUAGUAGUGGUACUCCUACCGCGAAUGGUUACUUUUCUAAGCAGUUUACUAUGAAGGGAGAUUAUCAUGUGUGGAGCGGUUUCGUUGAUACUUGGAAUAUAAAAAGCUACAGCGGGACUAUACUGGUAGAUAAUGCCAUGUCACGAAUCGAAGAAAUCAGAGUAAAGGUUGCCGGCAUUGAGGCUUUACAUAAUGUUGGGGGAGCAAAUGAUCCAAGUGAUACGUCUCAGUGCCAGGCUGUAACAACAAAAAUUUCAUCAUGCUCCGAUAGUUGGCCAACAGGUGGUAAAUCUGGUAGAUUCAAUUUUGCAUUCUGGACUUGCAGCACCCCAACUGUCAGCUCAAUAGAUGUCAAUAACGGAACAGUUAAAACGAGCAUAACUGUAUCUGGGAAAGGUCUGUCAGGUUCUAAAUGCCAGAAUGAAGUCAGCUUUGGUGGUUACAAGUGUAAUGUUACCUCUUUGAAUGAUUCUUCUGUUACCUGUCAUCUUGAAAAGUCUGGAGAACCGGACCUAGGGGUGUUGCACCUGUUGUCUCUAAAAGUGCAUAAUCGUGGUAAUGCCCUUGUCGAAAUUAUGCCAGCAGUUAAUAAAACCUUAAGAGUGAUACCAAAUAUAGAAACAGUAACACCAACAGCUGGUUCGAUGGCAGGUGGUGCACAUGUUAGAAUAACAGGGUUUGGUUUUGGUGAUUCUCCUCAGGUUAAUAUUGGUGGUAUCACAUGCAAUAUCAUCAAUAGCUCAUACACUGUGAUUGUUUGUGAGAGUCCACCUUCAGAUGCGGGAGAACGUGAUAUUGAAGUUAAGGCUUAUGUCAGUGGAAAUCCAAUAAUGGCAAAAUGUGAGACAUCAACAAAGACAUGCAGAUACACUUAUGCCCAGUUAUGGACACCCUCCGUAACAGCAGUACAACCAGACUCUGUGUCAAACCCCACAGUUAUAACCAUUACUGGUACAUCAUUAGGAACAAGUACUUCAGAGCUAAAAGUGAUGAUUGGUGGUGUUAAUGCAACAGUCACAUCCGCUAGUAAUACUUUAUUGAAGGCUAAUAUUGCCAAUAUACCUGCUGGAGAUAACAAUGUUGUUGUACGAGUGAGUGAUCUUGGAAAGGCUUCUGGUAAUUUGAAGGUAUACGGAACUCCAGUCAUUAACUCGCUAGUACCAACUUCUGGAAGUAUUUAUGGCAAAACGUUGAUUACAAUUCAAGGCAAUGGUUUUGUAAAAAAUGACACAAAUGUCACUUUGGAUGGUUCAGAGUGCGUGAUCAACUCGACUUCUCUGUCAGAGGUGAUCUGUGAGACAAAACAACAUGCAGCUGGGUCAGUGUCGCUCGGUGUAAAGUCUAAUGGAGUCACUUAUACCCCAUCUUCAUAUAGUUUCAGUACAGAUUCAACACCCACUAUUAGCUCCCUUAAUCCUCUGUCAGGAAUUGCAGGGAACACAUUAACAAUCUCUGGCUCAAACUUGAAUGGUGGGGAAGUAACUGUAAGUUUGGAUGAUGCCAACUGUGAUGUCAGUGUCUCGACAAGCAGUCAGAUCCUGUGCACCUUGGGAAGCCAUCCCACAGGUUCAGUUCCAGUGUCCGUUCAUGUUGCCGGGAAAGGCCGUUCAAAUGUUGAUAAAAAAUUUGAGUACCAGCUUACACUGAGUAGCAUUUCUCCAAAUGAGGGUAGUACAGGCGGUGGACAGACAGUAGUGCUUUCUGGGACGGGCUUCAAUAGCCUGGCUGUUGUGACUAUUUGUGGUCAGAAUUGCACUUUGAAAGACACAAAUUCAUCACAGUAUAUGUGUAGAACACCACCAAAUACUGCCCAGACAUGUGAUGUCAGUGUGUCAUUAAGUGGUAUUGUCAAAUCUCUAGAAAAUUCCUAUUCUUACAAUGCUGCACUUACUCCUACAUGUUCAGGAGUGAGCCCAUCUCGAGGAGGGACUGGCGGUGGCACUUCUAUCACAAUAUCAGGGUCAGGAUUUGGGUCUGUUGUCAAUGAUGUAAAUGUGAUGAUAGACGAUGUUGAAUGUGAUGUUUCAACAGUAACAGACACAGAGAUAGUUUGUGUGACAGGACCACAUUUAGGAUCUGUAGAUGCAAAAGUAGAAGUGCAAAUCUCCGGAAAUGGGAUUGCAAAGGAGGAAACUACUGGUGAUGCAGAUUUUAGCUACAUAGAUGUUUGGUCAUCCCCAUACACAUGGGGUGGUGGACCGGUCCCUGAAGAAGGUGAUUUUAUCAUCAUUCCACGUGGUAUGACACUGUUGCUGGAUACUGACACACCAGUUCUCAGUUUCUUGCUGAUACAGGGUGGAAAAUUGAUUUUUGACGAGACAGAUGUUGAGCUGAAAGCUAAAGUCAUCAUGAUUACUGAUAGGGGUGUUCUGCAGGUCGGUACAGAAUCUGAACCGUUCAGGCACAAGGCUAUAAUCACCUUGUAUGGUACCACAGUUGAUAAAGAAUUGCCAAUCUAUGGCACGAAAGUAUUGGCAGUCAGAAAUGGAACUCUUGAUCUUCAUGGUAUUGAAAUGCCUUUAACAUGGACAACGUUAGCAUCUACUGCAACAGCUGGAUCCAGCUCAAUUGUGUUGAAAGACCCAGUUGAAUGGAAUGUUGGUGAUGAAAUAGUCAUUGCUUCUACUGGUCAUAAACACUCUCAGAGUGAAAAUGAAAAGAAAACCAUCUCAAAUAAAUCAUCUGAUAAUCGAACACUGACACUUGAUUCCGCCCUUGAUCAUAAGCAUUGGGGGACGCAGGAAACAGUUGAUGGUACUGUUCUAGAAUUCAGGGCUGAAGUUGGGCUGCUCACACAUAAUGUUGUUGUCAGAGGUGACAGAGAUGCACAGUGGGAUGAUAAAAUUGAGGCUUGCGAGGAAGGAUUUGACACUGGGGAGUUUGCAACUCAGACAUGCUUUCUAGGUAGGUUUGGGGAUGAAAUAGGAAGUAGCCAGUUUGGAGCUAUGAUUUUGGUUCAUGCACCUGUUUAUGAUACCCAUGAGGCACAAGCUCGUAUUUCCUACACCGAGAUCACAUUUGCUGGACAAGCAUUUAGACUGGGCAGAUACCCAGUACAUUUCCAUUUGAAUGGAGACAUGUCUACUAGUUAUGUUAGAGGAUGUGGCAUCCACCAUACUUUCAACAGAGCUGUUAAUAUCCACGGUACCCAUAACACGUUAGUUGAAAAGACUGUCAUUUACAACAUCAUGGGUGGUGCUUUCUUUUUAGAAGAUGGUAUUGAGACUGGAAAUACGAUGCAAUACAAUUUAGCUGUGUUUGUAAGGGCAAGUUCUAGUCUUUUGAAUGAUGAUGUAACUCCAGCUUCGUAUUGGGUAACAAAUCCGAAUAACACAAUACAGCAUAAUGCAGCAGCUGGUGGAUCUCACUUUGGUUAUUGGUACAGAAUGCAUGGUCAUCCCGACGGACCGUCCUUUACAGAAACUGUCUGUCCUAUUGCAGUGCCACUUGGAGUCUUUUUGAAUAAUUCAGCUCACAGCUUUGGUUGGUUUGGAUUAUGGAUUUUUCCAGACUACUUUCCUAAAAAGGAUGCAUGCGGCGGCACAGAAGUCGAACCGGCUGUGUUUGAUGGGUUGUAUGCUUGGAACAAUGAUAAAGGUGCUGAGGCUGUAAACAGUGGUGCUUUACAGUUUAAAAAUUUUGUGCUUGUUCAGAAUAAACUUGCUGGUUACGAAGGGAAAUUGGUCAUGGAGGUACCUCUAUACACUGACGAUGCCCCUAUGAUAGCAGAUAGCUUAAUUGUUGGUACAACUACAGUUAUACCCGAUUCAGAUCAAGGUUGUACGAAGGGAGGUAUCAUCUUUCCAUACGGGGCAGGAUUUAGAGCGGUAAAUAUCAGAUUUGUUAAUUUUGCGGACUCAAGCUGUGCAACCUUCCGUUUUACUAGGAUUGAUGGAACAUGCGGAGAUCUGUGUGGAGGUUAUACGUAUCACGCAGAGGGACUGAAAUUUGUAAAUUCUCCAAAUAAAGCUGUAUACGCAUGGGAAUGGGAGGGUAUAAUUGUGGACAAAGAUGGAAGCGCUACAGGUAAAGCCGCCAACUGGGCUAUCUUGCCAACAACAGGAACAUUACCAACUGACUGUGAAUCCGCUCCAGAAUACAGCCAUGGUAUAGCUGCCAGUAUGUGUCCACCACCGUAUCACAAAUGGCACAGAUUUUCCUUUAACAAAGCUUCACCGCAGUCUUUAGAAGGGAGAAAUUUCAUGAUCACAAACCAGUAUGGUACAAGUAGUUGUCCAUUUGCUGAGAAACGAAUCAGUCAUGGACUUGGAUGGGCGUUAGCAUUGCUUGAUGGGUCCACAUAUACAUUUGAGUUUGAAGGUGCCGGGCAGAUUAAUAAUAUCAGCUUCUCUGGACAAUUUGAACAUUUUGAGGCAAGUGAAUAUGUAUUUAUGGAAAUGGUAGUUGAAGUCCUACCAGAUAGAUUUUCGUUUGAUGGUGGAGAAACAUAUAUCAAUGCAACCGUCGGUGGUAUAGAUCCAUCAACAGCUGAAAAUGGAGAUUGGGAAUGGGACAAUACCAACAGCAAAGUGAAGUUUAUAGUUCAUGGAAAUAAACGUUCGAGGCGUUCAAGUCCAGGGAUGUCGACAUACUCUGUCGAUCGAGCAGUGAGUUUCACAGCAUACAAAUGUUAUUAUGAAAACUGCAUUCCACCGCCGGACCCAGACACAGUGCCUCCAGCUACAGAAAGACCUCUGGACUUUGACAUUUGGGAUGAUACAACACUUUGGAACAACUCUAACAAUGACAGCUUUGUCUCGAACACAGGAGGAUCAUAUGGAUUACCGCAGGAUUAUGACGAUGUCAGAAUUACUUUUGGAUCAUGGGUUGUCGUAAACAAAACAACACCGUUCAGCAAGCUUGGAACUCUACUCCUUGAAGGAGUCUUGGAGUUUUUUGACACGCUAGGAGCUGUGUAUGAAAUAGAAGCUGAUUUCAUUAUAAUUAAGGGAGGACGGCUAAUUAUCGGAUGGCCAGAUGAUGCAUUUGAUGGUUUGGCAACAAUUACCUUGAGAGGGAACCAUUCAUCUCCAUACUAUUAUACUGGAGAUGGACCAAUACUUGGAUCCAAAGCUAUAGGGGUAUUUGGAGGUUUGGACCUGUUUGGAAAGGAUGUUGGAAGGACUUGGACCGAGCUUGCAAUAACGGCCACGGCAGGAUCAAAUACAGUUGUUCUUGCAGACCAGGUCCAAUGGUCUCAAGGCGACGAAAUUGUUAUUGGUCCUACUGGGUUUGAUCCAUGGCAAACUGAAUCCUUUAAAAUUCAAGCAGUAGCAACUGACAAUGUCACAUUGACAUUGAACUCAACGCUGAAGUAUUUACAUACAGCUCACCAUGAGACAUUGCCAAACGGACAGGAGAUUAAGGUUGGCGCUGCUGUUGGUAUGUUGUCACGAAAUAUCAAGAUAGUUGGACAAGACUACGAUGAUCUCUAUAAGGAGUCAUUUGGUGUCCGUGUUCUUGUUGGAUUAGUCACCUCGCAAGGACAAGCGUACACAGGUUAUGCCAGAUUGUCAAAUGUGGAGUUCUAUCAUACUGGCCAAGAGGGGUUUACAGAUGAAUAUGAUCCAAGAUAUUCCCUUGCCUAUUUAGCAACUGGAAGUGUGAGUCAUGUAAAACCAUCUUUCGUGAGCAAAUGCUCUUUCCAUAAUGGUUUCAGCACAGCGAUCGGAGCAUUUGGUAUUGCAAGCCUAAAUAUUACAGACAAUGUAAUAUUUGGAGCGAUUGGCCAUGGCCUAAGAACCAGCUCAGAAGACACUCGCCUGAUAAACAAUUUAUUGGCUUUGGUAGUGAGCACUGUAACAUACCAGGAUAGGUUUGAAGUUUAUGAUUACGAAUCGGAAUCUGGAAUUGAAGCUAUCUCUGCAACAGAUCUUACACUUCAGGACAAUCUUGUUACAGGAGCAGAAAGAAUUGCUUUCCAUGUUCCACCACAAGACUGUGAUGACACUUCUGAUAAAUACAAGAACAACAAAGCAUAUGCUAAUGUACUUGGGGGCGUUGUUAUUACAUAUCAUGAUGUUUUAAAGCAAACAGAUUGUGCUAAAAUGGCAGGACACACAGUUUGGAAAACUCACGACUAUGGAAUUUAUUAUCAGCACGAGCUGAACCUUCUUGUAGAGGAUAAUCUACUCAUUGAGAACACAAAUGGGCUUUUCCCUAUCAUUAUUAGACCGCCUUCACUAUCACAUCUGUAUGUAAAUAAAACUAUGCAAGUGCGUAGUACAACAUUUGUUGGCGAGACAAGUAGCUUCGACUGCAGCAAUGACGUUGCUAACUAUAAAGAUCACAAUUACCAACUUUCGAGCAAUGCUCGACCCAGUUUCCCGCCAUCUGGAGGAAAGGUUGGUUUGAUUUUCCCAGGUUUCUACUCGGCAGGAAACGGUCUUCCGUCCCACCCAUGGAAAGGCAUUAUGUCUUAUCCAGCCUUAGGAGGACUAAUGAUCUUGAAGAAUAUCACAUUUGCAAAAUACAGGAGCACCUCGUGCAAGUCAAAUUUUGCUGUAUCCACAAAUAGUGCCAAUGAUGAUUUAAUGCAUCCCGUUGUAUCAAAGGAAUCAACUUUAAUUGAAGUAGACGAGAGCAACAAGAUUGUCUAUCACAGACCAAAUGUAGGAAAGAUAAAUUCAGCAGACUGUGUAGACAUGGACUGUGAUGGGCAAAAGAAGGCACUUUUCAAAGACCUGGAUGGUACUUUCCUUGGAUUUGUUGGUUCCGUAAUCCCAAAUUCUGCCUAUGAAUGGGAUGGAGAUCCAAGACGUGGACUUGGAGAUUACAGAAUACCUAAAACAAUGCUGACAGAUAAAAAUGGCGAUAGAAUACCUGUUGAUACAAUAGCUCCACAUAAAGGUAUUAUCGGAAAUGAGAACUGUACAUACCACACUGGCUGGCAGGCAUAUGGCUGUAAAGCUGGUCUUAACUACGAGAUGCUUAUAAUUGAAAGCAUGGAUGCCGACACAGAAACACGACGUCUGUCACCAGUAGCUCUUCUUGGAGACGGUUAUAUUGAUUUGAUCAAUGGACCACAGGAUCACGGCUGGUGCAGCGGAUAUACUUGCAGAUUGAGGGUUUCAACAUUUUUUGCCCUUGUUGCUACAGAUAAAGAGUAUUUGAUGCAUUUCACAAGUAAAACACCAGAAGAUAUGCGAUACAGGUUGUUGAAUGUUGAAUCUGAUAAAAGCAUUAAGUUGAGUGUUUGGUAUGCUGGUCGAAGUAGGCUAGAUGUUUAUGUAGACGGCGUAUAUGUUAAACCAACAAAUGUUAGAAUUGAUGACAACGGAAGACAUGUAUUUUUAAUGGGGACAGGGGACGAGUUUCAGCCUCAGAUAGGAAAUGGCACUGGCACCAACUAUUUUGACAAAGACAGUGGGUUGCUUACAUUAAUCAUCCAAGGACUACAAAGAAUUGAUGUUAGAACACAAGCAUCUGUCAUUGUCACUUUUGGACUACCUGACCUGACUUUGGACGAGUUCUUUGGAGACAAUAUUGUAGAAAACCUGGCCACUUUCCUGAAUAUUCCAUUAGAUAAAGUGAAAGUUGUGAACGCAGUUUAUGCCUCCUCAACUUCAAGACGUAGGAAGAGAUCAUCAGAGACAGGAAUUGUAGUAGAACUUGAAAUAGCUGAUGAGCCAACGUCAGAUAUAAAUGCUACAGCGCCCGACUCUAUUGAUUACACUUCACUGACUGAAAUUGCUGCAAAUAUUGUGAAUGAGUGUCAAGUAGGAAACAUCAGUGAAUCUUUCAACGUGACCGGUUUUUGUGAGUCUGUCAGUCUACCUUCGUUGGAUUCAGAAAUUGCUUCUGUUGAGUACAGUGCUCCUACACCUGAUCACCUUUUCAUCUUUGAGGAACCGGUAUCAAUGUAUGAAGGAAUUCUAUUGCAAACGCAGCCAAAAUUACGAGUGGCAGAUAUUAUGAACAAUUGGGUGACUGAACUUGGAACUGACGAGUUCCCCUGGCAACUUACUGCAAGUCUGCGUGCUGGAACAGGACAUCCUGAUGCAGUCCUAAAUGGCACUUUAUUGGUGACGUGUUCCAAUGGAUGGUUUAAUUUCACUGAUUUGGCAAUAUCUCAUAUGGGCACAGGCUAUAUAAUUGAUUUUAAUAUCUCUUACCCAACCCAAGCAAAUACAUUUCAUAUUGCUUCGAACACAUUCGACGUUCCUGGACGAUCUGUAAAGAUACAUGUGUUUGAUCAAACAAAUGGAGAUAUAGUUCUUUCUACACGCUUUUCAGUCACCUUGGAUCUCCGAGACUUGACCACAGAAGAUAUCAUUACUGACAUUGCAUGGAGAGGUCAUACAUGGACAGCAGAGGCCAGUCUUCUUGGUAGUUCUCCGUAUGCAGAUCUUGAGGGACAUCUUGCUUCUUCAUUUGACACUUCUACAGGACGUGCCAUGUUCCCAGACCUGAACAUUACAGGUUUUGGAAUAUACUACGUCCAGUUCCGAGUAGUAUCAGAUCCUCCGGAUUUCAACCUGACCUUGAAUCACAAACUUAAUAUAAAACUUCCAUCACACGUUGACAUGAUUGUUGAGGAACAAUAUGAAGUGCAGAUAAAGUUCGAUGCAGAUUUCAACACACUUCUGAACACGGAGGACAAACAAAACGAAUUUGAGCAGAUGGUUUUAGCAGACAUUUCAAACAGAUGGCAUGACGUUUCUCUUAGCGGUGGAUCCGUGCAGGAUGGAAGUAUUGUUGUGACGUUUGUCAUAUCUGGGACAUACAGUUCUGUAAAUUCCACAGCAUACAGUCUGUGUGACAGUAUCUACAACGAGACAUCUUAUUCCUUCGAUGGUUAUAGUCUCACACUUGCUCCCUACAUGACCAUCAACGGCCAGGCUUAUUAUGGAGUCACUUGCGGCGAACUAUCAGAGGAUGAGGAGACAAAUAAAGGCAUGGCUGAUUAUCUAAUAGCAGUUAUUGUACUUAUUUGUAUUCUGGUAGUCGCAGUGAUUUUUGCAUUUGCAUUCUGGAGAUACUCGGUUAAUAAAACUAAAAGACCUGCACAGGUGUUUGUCAAACCUCUCCACUUCAACAAGACAUCUGCAGUGACAGCUCGAGGUGGCAAUCACUACGUUGGCUUCAGUAAUAAACAGAUGGAAGAUUAUUUAUUUAGAGAGGAGUCUUUCACCAGUCUGAACAGAGGCUACACAGAUCGUCAUGCUCCACCCUUUACAACGUCACUAAAGGCUUCUCAUUUGUCCGACAACCCUGGCAUUCCAUUUUCUAGACCUCCUACGUCAGAACACACACUGCUGACUUCUUCACCACAAAGCCAUAACAUCCAUGUAUCCGAGCUUCUCGGUACAGAAAUCAACUCGAAUCGAAAUACUGCUCAGCAGGCGUGGUCAACAGGAAAUGACCUUCAUACAGUACAGCGAAUGGACAAACUCGAACCCAGACUGCCAAGCCCAGCUGGCAAUGCUUCUCCGAUGCUUCACAGGGCACGCACUCCUGUUACUGAAAUAGAAAAUCAAAUGCCGCCGGUUGGGGAGGCUGAAUUGCUGAAGAAAACGUUAUUUUAAUCAAAUUCAACUAAGUUGGCAUUAGAAAUUCUUUCCGCGAAACAGUAACAAUUAAAAGUUUAUUAAGCAGAAACUUGAUAUCUUCAAGUCAUAAAUGUAUUUUCGGCAGGCCUUGUCUUCCUGUUGAUAUUUCUUAAACAUUGGAAUCAGCUGUUAUUUCUGAAUUUCUGCAUGUCAGUUUUACUUCAUUUGGAACGUUAUAUCCAUUUUAUGCUUAUUGUAACCUCACCUGCACUCUGUUCAGGAUGAGCUGUAAGUAUAGGGAGAUGGUCUAUUGUCCUUCUCGUCUCGUCUGAAACUGCUGUUCAGAAUUACACUUAACUUGGUUGGUAGCAUCCUGGGUUAGAUUUUUAUCAAUUUUUCCCAAUUGGUUCAGUUUGGGACCUUUUAGAGACUUUUAAAGUUUUAGACCUUUAAAACCGUGUAAACGACUUCUCAUGAACCGCAUGAUUUAGCUUCAUCAAACAUUGUGUGUAGCAUAAUUAUAUGAUCCUCUGCAAAUAUUUACAAUUACGGGCACUUGGCCCCUUUAAGGGACUGCAAGAGUAAAAUAAAGUAAAAAAAUAAAAAAAGAAUAAAAGACUCCUUCGCAUGAUCUAUUUCAUCAAACUUGGUCUGUAGCAUCAUUAUAAGGUCCUCUCCCAAAUUCUUCCAUAUUGGGGCACCUGUCCGUUUUAGGGGGCAGCUAGAGCUAAAAUAGAAAAGGCAAACUUUAAAGAACUUCUUAUGAACUGCUUGAAAGUUCUUCAUCAGUUUGUUUUGUAGCAACGUUGUAAGGUUAUUUCCAAGGAAAAAGAAAACUUUAAACGACUACUCAUGAUCUACCUGAGGGAUCUUCGUUAAACUUGGUCUGUUGCAUCAUAUGGUAAUUCGGGGCACUUUGCUACUUUUAGGGGCCACUAGAGCAAAAAUAGAAAUACAUGUAUAUUUAAACGACUUCUUCUUAUGAACUUCUGAAUGGAUUGUCCUCAAACUUGGUCUGAAGCAUCAUGAUAAUUUCUUUUCCAAAAUUGAUCAAAAUGGUAACGAUUGCCUUCUUGUAGAGACCACUAUAGCUAAAAGUAGAAAUACUAUGAAAUGAAUUGCUUAGUUGAUCUUCAUCAAAUUCAGUCUUUAGCAUCAGUGUAAGAUUUCUCCAGAUUUUAUUCAGAUUGGCCAGUUUAAGAAGUAAACAUGGAGUUAACUAGUUGUGUAUAUAAGCAUCACCAUGCAUUUGGUUUAAAAUAGUAUACGCCAAAUCUUAAUACAUAUAGUUAAACACAGUAUAAAUGUGUACUUGCUCUACUACAAAAGAAAUUAGAAAUUUUCAACAAUCGACUGUUACUGCAUGACAUUUGAUAAUGUAGCUCUACAUGUACAAUUAAAAUAUAUGUAAUAAAGUUAAAUACCUUCAAGGAGGAAUUUAUAGAUUCGAAGUAAUUAUCUUAAUAUAAAAUAAUUUUGUGAAAGAUUGGCAGUGGAUACUUUUAAAUGACUUUGUCUCAUUAAACUUGGUCUGUAACAUCAUUUUAGUUCCACUGUUCGGAGAAUAGCGGUGCUAUUCUACUCGCCCCGGUGUCGGCGUCGGCGUGCCCAUUCUUGGUUAAAGUUUUUCGGCAACCUUUGUUUUUCUUUGUUACUAUUGCUUAUAUCUUACUGUAACUUCACAUUAACAUUGUUCAGCAUGCAAACAUAAUAUGUGCAGGGGCUGGGCCCAUUAUGCCCAAGGUCAAGGUCACCAAGGUGUUAUACUUAGGUUAUUUUUAAGGUUAAAGUUUUUCGGCAACCUUUGUUUUUCUGUCAUAUCUUUGUUACUAUUGCUUAUAUCUUAUUAUAACUUCACAUAAACAUUGUCCAGCAUACAAACAAAGUAUGUGCAGGGACUGGGUCAAUUAUACAUAAUGUCAAGGUCACCAAGGUGUUAUACAUAGGUUAUUUUUAAGGUAAAGUUUUUCGGCAACCUUUGUUUUUCUGUCAUAUCUUUGUUACUGUGCUUAUAUCUUACUGUAACUUCACAUAAACAUUGUUAGCUGGUCUUUGUUCAGAGUGAGCUAUUAGUAUUGUUUAUAUUAAACACCGAUACUACCAUUCAAGAUUGAGUGUUUCAUAUAUAUUCAAGGUCAGGUGAGCAACUUAGGGCCACUAUAGACUUAUGUACUCUUUGAUAUCGUUUCUGAGAUAGUUUAUGUUACUACUAACGUUUUUUUUUGUCUUUGUAUUUGUGAGCCGUUCCUGGAGACGAAAUUGUGGUACACAUUUUUAAAGGUAUUUAGAUAUAUAAAUAUGGGUACCGGUAUACAUAAUUUACAGGAAAUAUGCAGUACGAAAAUCAUGACCUAAGUUAAUGUAAAACAAAAUAUUUUUCUUUCAUGUAUAUUUUGAUGUAAUGAAAUAUAUUUACGAUUAAAUAUGUAUCAUGUAUAUAUUCAUUGUUUAUGUCAUAAAAGUAUAUGUGUGUUGAAAACGCAGCAUCUUUAAAGAAUUUAUCUAUCCUACCAACCAACGAAGGACUGCUUGUUUGAUAUUUGGUUCCAGACGAAUGUUCUUUACAAGGAAGUGUUUGUCUUGUGACGUUUCGGCGUAGACUUGCGUUUCAUGAAAACCUGUAUAAUAAUCUUAAAAGAAAUGUGAAAGAGAAAUAUACUUUUGCAACAAAAAACGGGUAAAAUAGUAGUUACCUCAUUCAUGUUUUGUUUUCUUUUGGUCUAAUUCGUAAUAAAGUUUGAAUGUAGAAGUAAA